UAACGGUCGCUUUCGGGCGGGACAGGGGGUGUGAGGGCUGAGGGGAGGAUGCUCGGUCUCAAGGAGAUGUGCUGGGGCGGGCAGUGCUCCGCCACAGGCCCGGGUGCUGCUGCUGCCGGCGGGCGGGAACCGGGCAGGACCGGGGGAGGUUCCUCCUCACAAGAGGUUACUCAGAAUUAAUUCUCAUGUCAGCAGAAGGCUCAACCAUCACAGUCCGUCUUGUUCGCUCUUUUGAACACCGGAACUUCAGACCUGUGGUGUAUCAUGGAGUUAACCUGGAUCAGACAGUAAAGCAGUUCAUUAAUUUUGUGCGGAAGGAUGUGUCUUCAAGAACAGGACUUCCCCCUCCUUUUAAAAAUUACAAGUAUGAUACAAUGAAGAUUAUUCACCAAGCACACAAAUCUAAGACUGGUGAACUUGUAGUGAGUUUGGAAGAUGAUGACAAACUGAUUUUGAAAGAAGACAGUGUGCUGAAAGCAGCUGGAGUAGCAAAUGAGACCGAAUUAGCAUUCUUCUGUGAGGAAGAUUACAGAAACUACAAAGCUAAUCCUGUUUCGGCCUGGUGAAGAUCCCAAGAGAUUGUUUUGUUUUCCCAUACCUGUUGUAAAUUUUCCUUAUUCUGCUUAAUGAGAUUUUUCUUAAAGAUCAAUAAAUCCUAGAGGAUUGCUUUGCAAACAGUGCAAUUCCCUUCCUAUAGAAAUUAAUUUCUGUCGAUAUGCUGAGACUGAGAGAAGGAAAAUUGGGGGACAUCAA